AUGACGAUGAACAACGCGACGGCUGGCUGUGACCAGUGUGACGUCAUCGUAGCGGGACAUGACGACACCCUCUACCCGCCCGCCAUCCUCGUCAUCGGCAAGAUCGUCACGAUAUUCGGCAUUCUAUUCGGCGGCACAGCGAAUCCGCUCAUCCUCGUCACCAUAGCAACAAACCGAAGUCCGCACGGGCGCUUUAACCCGCUCAUCACGAAUCUGUGCGUGCUGGACACGGUCUACUGCUGCUGCCUCGCACCGACGCUCUGCGUGCAGUUCUUUUACGGCCGACUCGCCGUGGACACGAAGUUGUGCAAGGUUCUACCGUUCUUUACCUACUGGAUGCUCAACUCUACCGUCAUCACGCACACCAGCAUCGCCAUCAACAGGUACGUGCGCAUCGCACGACCGGCGAGCUACAGUCGACUCUACGGCCGCCGACAGAUGGCGCUGAAUAUCGUCGCCUGCUGGGCGAUACCGUUCGUGCCGCUGCUGCUUCCGCUCUUCAACAUCCUGAACUGCUACGGGUUUGAUCCCGUACUGCGCAUGUGCACGCUCGUCUGCCAUGAGCGUCUGCUGUCAAAGGUCGUGCUGCUCUACCUGCCGGUCGUCGUCUCGCUCGCCGCCUACGUCAGAAUCAUCGUCAUCGUGCGGCGCUCGCGCAAGAAAGUCAAACCAGGGGGCGUUGGAUCGCCCUCUGGCAUCACCGUCAGUCACAUCUCGGGCGCGCUGCCGACUGCAAAGUCGAUUACGGUACGAACGUUAGCGCCACCGCCGACCCCGAUGCUAGCGCCACCACAGCCGCCGACAUCGACGCCGACGCCGACACGCACGCCAUCACCGACGCUAGCGCCACCGCAGUCGCCGACGCUACGACUACCAACGAUGCUGACGCUAGCGCCACCGCAGUCGCCGACGCUAGCGCCACCGCAGUCGUCGACGAUAACGCCACCACAGUCGCCGACGCUAGCACCACCGCAGUCACCGACGCUAGAGCAUCUGCAGCAGUUGCCGACGCUAGAGCUACAACCGACGCGCCCGCCGUCUCCCUCGCCGACGCUGCCUCCUCCUCCUCCUCCGCCGCCGCCGACACAGAGGCGACCGGAGUCGAAGCUUCUACAGAUGACGCUGAGCAUCUUCGCCGUGUUCUGCUUCAGCUUCUUUCCGUUCAGCAUCUUCAGCCAGGUGGGCACGCGCGCCGUGAUGGAAGCGCAUGCCGUCACUCGCAUGCUCGUCAUACUGUCGCCGAGCGUCGACCCACUCAUCUACGUGCUCACGAACAGGGCCAUGCGACGCGCAGUGCGAAACCGCACGCGCUGCCUGUGGGAGUGGUGA